AAUUACAAUGCUAAAAAAAAUUUAUUGAAUAAUGAGUAUGAUCUCUCCUUAAAUAAAAAACUAUUGAACUUAGCAUAGCGAAUCUUGAAAUAAACUGAUGUCCUGUAAAUAUUGCAUAUAAUACAAUAUUCUAUUUCAUUUCUUCUAAUAUUACCUAUAAAAAAUAGUAUAAUAAUCAUUUGUGAUUGAACUUUAUCGACAUGUGGAAAGAGUCAGCAUUCGCAUAGUCUAAACGCUCCAUAAAGAACUUUUCAUACAUGAAGCUGAAUUUCUAUUUAAAUAAUUAUUUUUAGCUGUCGUAUGUAUGUAUUACUGUAUCAACAGAAAUAUACAUAUUUAUGGCAAAAAGUUAAAAAAAAUUGUUUGAAAACUAUGAUAACUUCAAAAAAGGCUGCAUAUAUAAUGUGCGAAACACGUAAUAUCUAAGGUUAUGUUUCUAUAUGUGUUACAGCAUAAGUGCUAUGUGCAUCUAAUAUUAAUUAUGUACAUACGUAAAUUGGGAGAUGGAAGCUUGUGUUAAAUCCAAUACGCUUAUAUAUUUUUUCUUAUUAUGUUGAUAUGUAAAAGUUAGAAUACCAGUGAUUAUUAAAAAUACCUCUCAAAACACAGAGUAUUCGUUUUACGAUUAUCAUUUUUAAUUAUGUUAUGAAAUUCAAACAUUGCUAAAAGAUCGUGUAUUUUUGGUAUUGAACGCAGCUGUAAAUAAAAGCAUUCAUAUUAUACACUGAUUUGCAAUAAAUGGACAUAAAAAAUAUGCAUCCAAUUGUACAUAAUUUGCUGCUAAUAUAUUUUAGAACUUGUGAGUUAUGGACAUUACCACGAGCAUAACCUCAAGUAUUUCAUUUAUUUAACAUGUAUAUCUUCAACUGAAGAAGCGUGAUAUUAGUAAACGAGAAGAAUAAGGAAAAUGUCAUUUGUGACCAAUGAAGAUGUUUAUAAAAAAAUGGUUUCUGAAGAGAUCAUUCAAAAACCAUGUCCAAUAGAUGAAAGCUCAACAGAAUUUAUGGUUUUAAGUAAAUGCGAAAACAUGGAAGAAACAGUGAUUAUUGAAGAAGAGAUAGUAAUAGAUGAAGAAAUGGAUGUAAAACAUCCAAUUUCAGAAAAAGAUAUCUAUGAUUCAAAAGAACAAGCUUCUGAAUACUUGGAAGAAAAUAUAGAUGUAACAAUACCUGCAGAAUAUACAGAUGAUUCUAUAUCAUUGUCUAUGGACAAUGUAGCUAAACAGAAGUGGCUUACAAAUGAUGCUCAUAAACAGAAUUUAUUGUUGUUAGAACCAGAAGAAAGUGAAUCUGAAAUAAGUAAUAAAACAGCACAUGAUGAUGACCAAGAUGGAGACGAAGAAACAAUAGCUACAUUUGUAACUGCCACUGGUCAGCAACUAGCAUUGUACGCAGUUGAAGAUUCAGAAGAAAUAUUUGCAGUAGCAGUUUAUGAUGGAUCUGGUGAACCUCCAACGAACUUUCAAUUUCUUAUGAAAGCAGAUGUUGAGAGAUUAAUAGGUGAAGGUGCAGUUAGAACUGUGAAAAAACCUACACAAAUAAGAAAACAGUUGUUAACUACUCAACCUCCAAUAUUUUUUUCUAAAAGCGACCCAACAAAUAAUAUAGCAAUGCACAAUGAAUAUAAAACUAUGAUAAAUGAAAAUGAGAGGUUACAGGGGAAAGAACGAAUGUUGGGAGGAAAUUCUACCUUACUUAAUAUUAGAGAGAGUUCUGAUUUGAAUUUAAACAUGAAACAAGUUCCUAACAUUAUAUAUACAGCUCAUGAUAAACGGUCGGAUGUAACAUAUGUAAUGAUGGAUAAUUCUUCCAUAAAUAUGGAUACUUCUGAAGAAUAUCAAGAAGAUAAUGAAAGUGAUAGUGAAAUUGUAGAACAGUCAACUGUACAAUACAUUUUGUUCGAGAAUGAUCAAUCUGAUUCCGAAUUAACGUUCGAUGAAAUUCACGAAACCCUUCAAAAUUUGAAAUCAGCUGAAUUAAAAUCUCCAAAAAAGCAAAUAAACAAAAAACCUAUUAGACCCCAAAAUACGUAUGCUGGCAUCAAAGAAGCAGAUUACGAAUUUUCGAAACAUAAAAAUUCGAAACAUAUUUCCAGUACUUUAACAGAAAGGAAGUUGAAUUUAAUGGAUAAUCAACAAGAAUUUUUAGAAUCAUUUACAGAUUCAACGAUGAAUAUGAUACCAAAUAGUACAAAUUUAGAUAUAUCAAAUGGUUCCACUGAAUGUACAUCACCUGAAUCGACGCAAAUUCAAUGUAAAGCUAAAAGAUCCCGAAAACAACAAUUAAUUUCCGUAAAUCGUGAAGAUUCUGAAAUCAUAAUUCAACCAGCAUCUUUGUUGAGCGAAGAAGACAAUAAUGUUAGGAAAAAGGGAAAACGAAAAAGGAGAGUUGUACCUCAUUCCGGGUAUCGUCAAAGAAAUAAUGAAUCGAAAAGAAUGAAGAAAAUGAAACGCAAAGAAGUUGAAAUUAUAGAAAUCGACGUUGACGAAGAUGAAAGUAUGUUGCAAUCAAAGAGAGAUGUUGUAGAGAUAACUAUAGAUGACAGUAAAGACAAAUAUUCUAGCGAUAAAGAAAAUGAAAUUAUAAUGGUUGGAGAUUCUGACGACGAGUUACAACAAUCAAAUUCAAAACCAAUUUUAUUACAAUGUCAACACUGUUCAAGAAACUUUAGGCAACAAAGAGCUUUAGAGACCCAUUUACGAGUUUGUUCGAAAUCGCCAUCAAAUGUAAUUCGAUUCAACGAAAAAAAGUUACAUGCAAAUGGCACGCAUGAAGAUACCAUUAAAAAACAAUACGCUUGUAAAAUAUGUGAGCAGAAAUUCGAUGUAGUAGUAGCAUUAGCGCGUCAUGUUCGUUCGGAACAUUCUCAAAGGAAGAAACGUAGAUUUAGUAAAUUAUUGGCAGAAUCACCAUCUACGGAAGUUGAGGAGGAAAAAGAGUACGUGGAACCAAAAAAACAGUUAACCAUGAUUAAAAAGAUUAAAAGAAAAAGAAAACAACGACCAAACUGUACCUGGGAAGUGAAAAAAUUAAGUUGCUCUGAUUGUGGCAGAUGGUUUCCAAGCAUUGCAUUGUUAAGAGCUCAUUGUUUACAACAUGGAACAAAAAAAUCCGAUCAACAGAUUCGCAGAUGUCAGAUAUGUAAGAAAUUAAUUAGAUCGAGAUUGCUGUUUAUACAACACUUGCGAAUGCAUAGAAGUUCACAUAAAAAUAUAAAAUCUAUAGCAAAUAUACAAAAGAAAUUACGUACUACCAGGUCAAUGACAGGUAAAAUUACUACGCUUAGAAAACGAGGACGACCCCGAAAACUUUGAUUUCUUUAGGUAUCUGCUCAUAGAAUUUCAACAAAUCAGUAAUAUGUAACAAGCGUUGUUACUAUUUCUUUCAAUGUGAGAUAUGUAAAAUAAUGAUGUUCAUACUUCCAAUCAAAAUUGGAAAUAUUUAUGUUUGUUGGAGAAGAAAUAUCUUUUGCUUUAAAAUAUGUUAGAUACCUAGCUAAAUGUAUAUAUUAUUUGGAUAUAUCAUGUAUAUUAUGUAUGGACUACUUUUACAUUGUCAUACACAUUCGUAGCUGCAAUAGCAUAAAAGAUUGACGUUUCCUAAUUGACAUUUUUUCUAUUUUGUUCUGUAAUACAAAAUGCUAAAACUUA